GGGCUCAGUUGGACGGAGUGAUCAUUGGACAAUACGCAUACAUGAUAUAUUAUAGGUGUUGGCAUUGCUGGUGGAUUGGAGAACCGAGAAACGUGACGUCAACUGACGAGGACAGGGGUCGAAAGCAUAUUUUUAGUCGUCAAUCAACGAAGAGAACGUUGUAUCAGGCCCAGGGGACCUUUGUAUCAGGUCUGAUCCAUUCUAACAAGAUGCGACUGUGGCCUGGUGCCCUUCAUCAAUUUCAAAUGUAGCCCAUUUGAUGUAGCUAUCAUUAUCCCCUUCAUACAACGAUAGUCCCUACGUACUUAGUCCCUGUACCGCUUUCUACCUCCAUCCUGCGUACGACAUGGCGGAGCUUUCGUCGCGCCAACAGCUCCGUCGACGGGUGCUUCGAGUCCUCUUCAUCUCUCUUCUCCUUGACCUCAUAUCUUUCACCUUUAUUCUCCCCCUCUUCCCCAAACUCAUCGAAUUCUACCGCGACCUCGACUCCCGCGCCUCCAACGGUUCUCCCACUCUUCUCCAGAACAUUCUCUCCGUCCUUCAUCGGUACAAAAACUCUUUCGCCAAACCGAUCAACUCCCGCUAUGACAUCGUCAUCCUUGGUGGGGCUCUCGGCUCCCUCUUCUCCCUUUGCCAAGCCAUCGCCUCCCCAAUCAUCGGUGCCCUCUCCGAUAAAUACGGUCGACGCACGGCUCUUCUCUGGGCGAUGUGCGGAAACAUUCUCUCCGUUGCGCUCUGGGUGGUAGCGGUGGAUUUCCGGACAUUCCUGGCAAGUAGGGUCAUCGGAGGGUUGAGCGAGGGCAAUGUACAACUGGCGACGGCGAUUGCAACGGACAUUUCGAAUGACGAGGAACGUGGCUCAACGAUGGCUCUAGUGGGUGCAUGUUUCAGCAUUGCGUUCACGGUAGGGCCGUCGUUGGGUGCAGCGUUGAGUAAUUUGGUAUUUGUCAAGGCGAACCCGUUCGCAACGGCAGCAGGAUUCAGUUUGGUAUUGAUCGUCACCGAGACCAUUUAUUUGUACUUCUGUCUUCCGGAGACCCACGACAUCAAGAAAUCCAAGGAUCAGGCGAGUGGGAAUGGGAAGAUCCAAGCCUCGAAGGCCUCGAAUCCGAACGUCCGAACCAACUCGCAUGUCUUGCUGAACUUGACUCAUUUCACCUUCAUCUUGUUCUUCUCGGGCAUGGAGUUCUCGUUACCGUUUAUGACUUAUGAUCUCUUUGGGUACUCUUCGGCGCGGAACGGAGGAUUGUUGGGAUUCAUCGGUAUCAUUUCUAGCGUUCUACAGGGCGGCGUAACGCGCCGUAUGCACCCUCUGCUCGUGGUUCGGAUCGGAGUGGUCUGUUGCGCCCUAGCGUUCGUUUGGUUGGGAAAACUCAAGACGCAGGGAGAAUUGUACGGUGCAGGAGCUCUGCUUGCUACUACAAGUGCAACGGUGGUGACGGGAUUAAACAGCUUGAGCAGUUUUGAGGCUUCGGCUGGGGAGAGAGGUGGGAAAUUGGGAAACCAUCGGAGUUCUGGCCAAAUAGGACGCACGCUUGGUCCUUUGAUUUUCUGUUCCUUAUAUUGGUGGGCAGGUCGAGAGGUUGCGUAUACAGUUGGAGGUCUCGGGAUGGUUGGGGUGGCUUCGAUGGUCUUUGGAGGUUUAAAGGCUCCUCCAGGAAGCAUCCAACCCAAAUCGAUCAAGACCACGUCAAGCAAGAGAUAACAGGUUACCCAUAAAAGACGGAGAUUAGCAACUCAUGGAUGACGUAGGGUGUAUGUUCCGGUGGAAAAGGAUGUAUUCGGAUGACAUGGUACUGUACAAAUAUAUCGAAACAUGGAUUCCCUUGAUAUAUACCAUCGAAGCACCAAGAGCUUCCCACAAAUCCAUGAACGCCUCGCAAUGCAUAAAUCAUCCAAAUCCAGCCGACAC